AUGCCCCUGCAUAAGUCGCUGGCUCGCAAUCUCGGCGCUGUCGUGCAGAACGACGAAGGACAGACGAAUGCCGGUGUACUCGGCAUUCAGAAGCCCGAGACAGGCCUUGUUCGCCGAGGAGCAUUUGCCGGCCAUUGGCGUGAGUAUGCUCGCGGAUCCUUAUUGGGCCUGCGGAAGAACUUGCAGGAAGGCCUGGCUUCAGGCUUCUUCGGCGCAAAGCUCGUGAAUAACUUUGAGGACCUCUGGAGCUCCUUCGACUUGACCUCUCAUGUGGAGCUUCUGAACCUGGCGGACUAUCCCACCUUGGAGAGGUCCCAGGAGACGGUGGAGCAAGCAGUGAAGACGGUCCUGAAGUUUGCGCGGAAGAUCUUGGAUGAGUGGCACUUCUUCGCGGCAGGGUACACCAGGAGACGGUUUCAGCAAGGGGGCACUAGUAUCUUGCUUGCAGUAGAGAUGGGCUCUGAGGUUCAAUUCCAUCCCUGGAGGACUGGCACGACCCUGGUGGGCUUGAAUGCCUUGCUGGAAUCCGCAGCCCUCGUCGUCGAGGGCAAAGCUGCAGCCGGGCUGAAGGAUGUCACCGUAUCGGAGGCCGUCAAGGGAGCGAAGGAAGCUCUGAUGAACAACCCCACGGCUCCCAAGCAUGUCGUGUCGUUCUUCACCGCAUGCCUCGUCGAGAGGGCGGAAGCCACAGCGAAGAAGCGAGCCAGCUCCAGCGGCGCCUACACCGCGAAGGUUCCAGCGAUCGCUAUGGACUUCACCCCUUCCCCCAAGAAACGCAAGGCCAAGAAGGCUCAGAUCGCCGAGGAGUACUGGACGGAGGCCAAGGAGUUGGCACGGCAGGUCAAGCACUUUGACCGGGAGAGCGGGAAAAAAGCCUUGGAGACGCUGGUCCAGCAGAUCAAUGCCCUCCAGCAGAAGUUUGAUGACCUCGGCUCGAGCGACUUCAUGGAGUUCCUCGCGCGCAAAAAGGUUGAGGAGAAGAUCGGCGAGCAUAAGGCCGCACUGCGAGCUGGCCAGUGCGUAGCAAAGCUCGUCACUCAUCUAUAG